AUGGGCAAGAGGGGUGUUGGACGACCACCGAAGAAGAAGGUGGUGGUACAAGAACAGACGAUUGUCACUCAGGCUAUUAUGGACUCGGUAGGAGAAACAACUGCGAAAAGGAGUGAAGAAGGACGAAAGAAGAUGAUGAAUCAAGGGGAAGUGGUGAUUGAUAACCCGAAGGUGAUUGUUGUGGAUAGCUUGAACACUGAGAACCCUGAUUCGACGCGGGAUAACACGAAGGAGGUUGUUAAGUCUCCGAUUAGGGUUUCUCCCACGAAGACUUGGGUCGAUGUGAUACAAGGGAAUCGUGAUAUCAAGCGUGGUAUGGCUCUGAGGUAUAUCCCUCCCACUAUGAUUAAUGGAGAAGUUGAAAUCUCCAUUGAAGACAAGGACGUGGUGAAUGAAUUGAACUACUGGGAAUCAGCGAUGAUACUCUUUGCGAUGGGAGAAUCUCUGUCUAUGAACGCGAUAAAGAAAUUCAUGGAGAAGGUAUGGAACUUUUUCUCUUUACCUGAACUAUACUAUAAUGAUACUGGUUACUUUAUAGUUAGGUUCAAAUUGGAUGAGGAUAGGGAAAGAGUGAUGCAACAGGGACCAUAUUUCAUCUACGGUGCUCCUUUAUUCCUAAGGUAUUGGUCCGCAGAGUUUGAAAUUAGAGAUGAUCUCUUUAAGGUUGUUCCUAUCUGGAUAACUUUACCACAACUACCAUUGUAUCUAUGGGGAGAUGAGAGUAUUUCCAAAAUAGCUAGUGUUAUAGGAUGCCCUGUUACCACAGAUGAGUGUACAGCUAGGAAACUGAGAAUAUCUUAUGCUAGAAUACUUGUGGAAGUGGAUAUAACUCCGAAAACCAAGGAGUCCAUAUGGAUAAGGGAUCAAACUGGGAGAAGGAUAGAGAAAAAGAUUGAAUAUGAGUGGAGACCUCGUUAUUGCCAAACUUGUUUAAGAGUGGGACAUGACUGCAGUCUAAAGAAAAAUCAGAUUAAAAAAAAAGGAGUGGAAACCUAA